ACAGUUUUCUUUGCAAGAUUUUAAAAUUAAAUGAAACUUAGCAAAAGGAAAGGAAAAAGAAAGUGAUUAAAAAGGAAACUCGGAUUUUUUAAAAUAAAGAAAGAAAAAAGAGCCGACGUUGAACCCCUCCUCUAUAUGUAUAUAGGUUAUUAGGACAAGGGCACAGCUGGAGUCAUCUGUUGAAGACGGAGUAAUGGAAGAGCUUCCGAGCAUGACCGUGAGUCAGCGCGACCAGUUUCUGGUGUUAAACGAUGUCUUCCGGAUAUACAGUGACUUUGACGCCAGCGACAUUGCUACUCAGAUAUUCACGGUGGAGAUUCAGCGCGACAAGCAGUUGGAUUAUCUGAUGAAUGGCUUAAGGCAUCUAGGCCCUUCGUUUUCGUCCUUAGAUGCUAAUCGACCAUGGAUUUGCUACUGGAUUCUUCAUUCAAUUGCUUUGCUUGGGGAGUCUGUGGACGAUGAACUAGAAAACAAUACCAUCGACUUUCUUGGACGCUGUCAGGGCCCUGAUGGCGGAUACGGCGGUGGUCCUGGCCAACUUGCACAUCUUGCAACAAGUUAUGCUGCAGUGAAUACACUUGUUACUUUAGGAGGUGACAAAGCCCUUUCUUCAAUUAAUAGAGAAAAAAUGUCUAGCUUUUUAAGACGAAUGAAGGAUCCAGACGGAGGUUUCAGGGUGCAUGAUAUGGGAGAAAUGGAUGUGCGAGCGUGCUACCUUGCGAUUUCGAUUGCAAGCAUCCUGAACAUUUUGGAUGAUGAACUCACCCGAGGCUUAGGAGAUUACAUUUUGAGUUGCCAAACUUAUGAAGGUGGCAUUGGAGGAGAGCCUGGCUCCGAAGCUCACGCGGGGAACACAUACUGUGGGCUGGCUACUAUGGCUUUAAUCACUGAAGUCGACCGCUUGAACUUAGAUUCAUUAAUGAAUUGGAUUGUACAUCAACAAGGAGUAGAAAGGGGAUUUCAAGGUCGGACGAACAAGUUGGUUGAUGGCUGCUACACUUUUUGGCAGGCAGCCCCUUGUGUUCUACUACAGAGAUUUUAUUCAGCCCAUGAUCUGGUACUUCAAGGAUCAUUACAUAUGUCCCAACCGAGAGAUGAAGAUCACGAGGAACAUGCUCAUGAUGAAGAUGAUCCUGAAAGUGAUGACAAUGACUCUGAUAAGGACAGCAAUGAAGAUUGUAGGAGGGUGCAACCUGUUUUUGACAGCCUCAACUUGCAGAGAUAUGUGAUCUUGUGCUCUAUGGUUCCUGAAGGUGGAUUCAGAGACAAGCCGGGGAAACCCCGGGACUUCUACCACACAUGUUACUGUCUAAGCGGUCUCUCCGUGGCUCAACACGCUUGGUCAAAAGACAAAGAUACUCCGCCGUUGAAUAGUGACAUUUUGGGUAGCUAUGCUAAUCACCUUGAACAUGUUCACCUCCUCCACAACGUUGUCAUGGAUCGGUACAACAAAGCCAUCGAGUUCUUCCAUAGAGAAGCAUAAUCUGUGCUCGCCACAUUUGGGAAACUCCCAAGCCAGUAUUAGAGAGUUCUGGUUGUGUUGUAUGUGCAACUUUUGAACAAAAGUUAUAGUGUUUUACUGAUUUAACCUUGAAUUAUUGAGUUUUAUUUUCACUUUAAUGUGUAUUUACAUAUA